AUGGACUCUUGCAAACCGGUUGUUACACCUGUCGACACUAAGUCAAAACUUGGGCCACAUGAUGGUGAGCCAAGGAAGGAUCCCUCUCUUUAUAAGAGCCUUGCAGGUGCACUCCAGUACCUCAUUUUCACCAGAUCUGACAUUUCUUAUGCUAUUCAGCAAGUUUGUUUGUUCAUGCAUGCUCUUAGAGAACCUCAUUUUAACACUCUUAAGCGUAUUAUCAAAUAUAUCAAAGGCACUUUGGAUCAUGGCCUACAAUUAUACCGUUUUGCUCCUACGAGACUAAUUUCUUACACAGAUGCCGAUUGGGGCGGCUGCCCGGACACGCGAUGCUCCACUUCAGGGUAUUGUGUUUAUUUUGGUGAUAAUAUUGUCUCAUGGUCUGCAAAACGACUGGGUACUUUGUCCCGAUCCAGUGCCGAAGCAAAAUAUAGAGGUAUCGCUAAUGUCGUUGCGAAAUAUGUUGGGUCUGAAAUCUUUUACUCGAGCUACAUGCCCUAUCAAACGGGCAUCUUUGGUUUAUUGUGA